GCGAAGCGUGCUCGUGCAGGGCGACAAUAAAUACAAAGAACAGGGCAAAAUUUAUUAAUCCAUUUAAAAUGUAUUCAACACGCGAUUUAGUAUUAUAGUUUAACAGUUUGAUUUGCAGGUUUAUCGAGGUCUUUCUGCUCGACAGAAAUGACCUCUGUCUUUGAAUUUAUCAGCUUCACAUGGAUAUACGCCAGUACAAUACCGUAACCUGAUCUUCAGAGAGAGAGAGAGAGAGAGAGAGAGAGAGAGAGAGACAUCUGCCUGAGGCAAGAUCACAUUUACCGUGUGACCGUUGGUUAACAUUUGCCAUGAAGGACCUGCAGGACAGAAAAGUUUCAGUAACGCCCUGCGAGACGACACACCAGCCAGAGAGAUCUGUUAUUUCAGCAGCACAAGCUCCUGGAAAGUCCGAGCAGACGGACAAACAGGAAGCAGCUGUUGUCAUGGAAACAGGCUAUGGCGCGUGGGAGAGAUUGUGAGCUGCAGACGUUUCAGGUGCCUUCAUGUACCAGCAAACAUGAGCUGACCAGCGGCGUGGCCAUCGCACACGUGCUCAACAAAAUAGACUCAUCCUGGUUUAAUGAGACGUGGCUCAGCAGGAUAAAAGAGGAUGGAGGCACCAACUGGAGACUGAAGGUUAGCAACCUGAAGAAGAUUCUUCAGAGUAUAAUCGAGUAUUAUCAUGAUGUGUUAAGUCAGCAGGUGUCUGAUGAUCAUGUUCCUGAUGUGUGUCUGAUCGGGGAGAUGGGCGAUGUGAAUGAAUUGGGUCGCCUGCUUCAGUUGGUUCUGGGUUGUGCUAUCAGCUGUGAACACAAACAAGAACACAUUCAGCAGAUCAUGACACUGGAAGAAUCCGUACAACAUGUUGUCAUGACGGCCAUUCAAGAGCUGCUCACCAAAGAACCUGUGGAGGCUGGAACUCCAGAGACGUACGGCGAUUUUGACUAUCAGUCCAGGAAAUAUUAUUUUCUAAGUGAAGAAACAGACGAUCGAGAUGAUGCGUCUCAGCAGCGUUGCAGGGAACUUCAGCAGCAGGUGUCUGUGCUGGCAGAGGAGAAGUCAUCUCUUCAGGUUGAGCUUCAGUCUCUGCGUGAGCGUCUGACUCGCUUUGAACCGUCUGACCUCUCAUCCGGUGUCACCAACAAGAAACUCCUACUGCUACAGAGUCAGAUGGAGCAGCUGCAGGAGGAGAACUACAGGCUGGAGAACAGUCGUGAUGAUCUGAAGCUUCGAGCUGAUGUUCUGGAGCGUGAGGUGACGGAUCUUCAGCUGAGAAAUGACGAGUUAACCAGUCUCGCUCAGGAGGCCCAGUCUCUCAAAGAUGAGAUGGAUGUACUGAGGCAUUCAUCUGACCGUGUGAGUCGUUUAGAGGCGAUGGUGGACACGUACAAGCGUAAGCUGGAGGAUCUGGGAGAUCUGCGCAGACAGGUGCGUCUGCUGGAGGAAAGAAAUCACAUGUAUAUGCAGCGCACCUGUGAGCUAGAGGAGGAGCUGCGCAGAGCUAACACCAUCCGUACACAGCUUGACACCUACAAGAGACAGGCUCACGAGCUGAGCACCAAACACUCGGUAGAGGCCAUGAAAGCUGAAAAAUGGCAAUUUGAGUACAAGAACCUCAAUGACAAAUAUGAGACACUUCAGAAAGAGAAAGAGAAGCUGAUCUCCGAGCGAGACACGUUAAGAGAGUUGACUGAUGAUCUGACAUGUGCAAAGGUCCAGCAGCAGGGUUUAAGGCUUUCAGAUUCUCUAGCUGGAGAUUCGGGAGCUGUCGGAAGUCUGGCGUCAGAGAUCAUGCCUGCUGAGUUAAGAGAUACAGUUGUGCGUCUACAGCAGGAGAAUAAGAUGCUGUGUGUUCAGGAGGAAUCAUACAGACACAAACUUGAAGAUCUACAAAACCAACUGGAGGAAUCACAGCGUUCCUGCAAUACACUCGAGACACAAAACAGGUUGAGUCAGCAGCAGAUAUCAGACUUAUAUGCUCAGAUUGAAGAGCUGCAGAGAGCUUUACAGGAGCAGGACAGUAAAAAUGAAGAUUCUUCAUUGUUAAAGAAGAAGUUGGAGGAACAUUUGGCAAAGCUUCAUGAAGCUCAUUCUGACCUGCAGAAGAAACGAGAAGUGAUUGAUGAUCUGGAACCACAUGUGGACAGUAACAUGGCCAAAAAGAUUGAUGAACUGCAGGAGAUCUUAAAGAAGAAAGAUGAAGACAUGAGACGCAUGGAGGACAGAUACAAGAGAUACGUGGAGAAAGCUCGCACGGUGAUUAAAACUCUGGACCCCAAGCAGAAGAGUAGCUCAGUUCCUGUUGAAGUCGAAGCCCUGAAGAACCAGCUGUCUGAGAGGGACCGAAAGAUACAACAUCUGGAGCAUGAUUACGAGAAGACACGCUCCAUACGCGAUCAAGAGGAGAAGCUCAUCAUCUCUGCCUGGUACAACAUGGGAAUGGCUCUUCAUCAGAAGGUUGCCGGUGAACGCUCCAAUUCCAGUUCCGGUCCGGCUCAGUCUUUCCUGGCACAGCAGAGACAGUGGACACAAGCCCGAAGAGGACUGACCCGAUCCCAGCCCCGAUAAAAACAGACACGGCCGAUGAUGAAUCUGAUGAAUUCAUGAGCUCCGUCCUGGAGAAACACAUCUGUUAGUGGACUAAUCACAGCGGGACUUAUUUCUGCUUUAGCACUUUGUUUGUCUGUGUCUAUCCUGCUGAGAAUGUAGAAUAUAAUGAGUUUAGAGGAUUUAUUUAAUUGUCUUUUUAGAUUAAGUUUUGUUUGAUUUUUUUCCCUGUUUGUUUUAAGUAAAAUCAGAGCGUCAGUAUGUAGUGCUCUUUAUUUUAGUGUUAUUUAGUGUCCAGAUGUCUUAACGGGGUGGUAGGGAUGAGAUCAAUGAAGUAGGUCGACCUUUGAUGGGUUUAAUUAUGAUUUUUUUAAUGUACGAUAACUUCCUGCGUGUUUAUCAGGGUACGACGCAUGUAGCUUUAAACACUCAGUGCCUUUCUGAAGACUUCAACAAUCCACUAGAACCGUCAGUCACUCUCCUCUGACAGCUGUCAAUCAUUUUUGUGAUGCGUAUAUGUCAAUGGUGCAUCUGUAAACCAAAUUCAUGUCUCUCUGAAGAGUUGAACACAGGGAGGUGGGAACUUUUUAAUGCAACUAAUGUGAUGUGGAUCUGUUUGGGACUUUAAUGUCUUUGCUGCACAGUUUGUUGUUUGUGUAAUUAAAUGUAAGCUAGUUUUUAUAAUGAAUGUGAAAUUGAUAUGCUGGACGCAACACUCAACUAAUGACAGAUUAACUACUGAAGUAUUUUGGAUUUCUCUAUCUGUAAGACAUGAAAACUGCUGCUUUAUUAUUUUAUGAUGGUUUUUGAUGUUUGGUGCUAAAGGAGGAUUUCUGCGUGACACUACACUGCUCACAACACUACUGUAUGUUCAGACACGCUGAUGAAACUGAAGUGUCAUUUUUUACCUUUGUCAGUCCAAACAUCAAUGUUUGUUGAGUCACGUCAGGGUUUGUAGUUUUUUAAUGUUAUGUUCUUUUGUGCUGUAGUUUCUCACCGUGUGUCUUUUGUGUUUAUCUCAAUUGUUUUUCACUCGUGUUUGUUGUUCAUGAGUUCUGCAGAGGUUGAUCUUGGUUUGUCUUAUCACAAACUCUUAUUGUGUUGUUUUUGGACUGAUAAGGGUCGGUACUGGACAUAUUAUCCUUAUUCUCACUGUCCUGUUCUUUGCACUACAAUUAAAGACUAUCGGUACAAAAUA